CAGGACACUGUCCAGUUUCUUUGGCGGUGCGAAAAAGACGAUCACGAACAAUCUGUGUACAAUGCCUUUGCCUUGCCUCUUGUGCAAUGGUAUCCAGCCUGCUGUUUGUUUCUUCUACUGUUGAAUCAGACCGCCCGGUAGGCUGUCACGCUGGUCACAGAUUACCUAGUCAAAGGAUUCACAACGAUGUAAUGCAUUGUGUAUCUAGUGUGUGUGCACACACCUGCACAUCAUGAACCGAACAAAAUCGAAGAAACGGAUUGACAGCCAGCUUGAUGCACAUUAACUGCUUUUGAGCGCGCAGCAGCUUCAAAAGUCAACAAACGUCGUCAUAGUCAAUAAAGCUGCUGUGGGAACAAUAAAGCUGUCGCAAAGCAGCAAACGUACAAAUGACAACUUGUUCAGACGGUAGGGCUGUUUCCUUCAAACCCAUCAAGCCCGUCAAACCUGCAGGUAUAUUGCAGCAGAACCUAUGACAAGCCCCUCAAGUCUGUCGAGGUUGUAGCCCUGACACACCCUACCUUUUGAAUCGUCAAGCGUGCACUUUGCUGAUGGGGCUGCGCAGCAAAGGGGUUGACGAAGUCGUCCAACCCCUGUCUAGUCUACCAAACGUCAGACCCUUGGGGCCCGCUUGCAAGUGUCUCGGCUUGUUUCGACGUCAACCACCAAAGCGAAAUAUGCUUGGUUUCCUCUACCAGGGCCGCCCUGCCCAGCGGCUUGGGGUCUUUCUUGGGGGGUUGUGUCUGUUUAACUAUUAUAUUCUUGGUAGUGGCUUGGAUCUCUUGGCCGAUUUUUUGUUUCCUGCUGGUUGGCGAUCCUCUCCAAUCCUCUCUCUUUUUGUUAUUAUCGUCCCCGGCUUCUCUUAACCUUUUGUCUUUUUAAUAUACACACUCAUUUUUAUUGCUUUUAUUCUUCUCUAGAUUGCUUGCCGUUUGAAGACGGCAAACAUUCUUUUGUUGCUUUUUUUUCUUGUUCCUUUUUUUUUUAUCCUUUUCUUUUUCACUUCUCCUGGCUGGCCAUCAUUGAGGGAGCUUAGACGCCGAUACUCGGACAGAAUCCACGAAAGCUUCAAAAAGUGUACGACCAGAAACGAUCAUUUUGCGCUUGCCACUCAAAUUUACUACUGUCUCCUAUUGUCGAUAUACCGGGUUUGACGAAUCUUGAUUUGGCUCCUCGCUCCCUAGACUGGCUUGAUCUUACCCCGUGAGACAUUCUCCUAAGUCUAAUACCACCAAAAUAUUCCGAUUUGACCAUCCUGGACCGAUGCGCACGUCAAGGUAGCAUAUAGUUUCUCGUUCCCUUUUUUUCCGACCCUAUUAUGGCCGCAACAUCCAUCCGCGGGCUGUUGCUGCUCGCGGUGGCUGCAGCCGCAGGCCCUCUCGAAGCCGCCCAGGAGCCACACGACCCGGGAUGCUUACACAUGCCCAUCAUGCACAUGAGCAAGGCAGAGCAGUACCAGAAACGAGCCGUCAAGGUUCCAUUCGACCAGAGGUUUGAUGUCGGCUACUACACCAAGCUCUCCUUUGGCACUCCUGCCCAGGAGGCCUUGGUCCAUCUGGACACUGGCUCCUUUGAGCUCUGGAUAAAUCCGACAUGUAACAACCUCGAUGGUGCUGGGGAGCAGCAGUUUUGCAGGGCAGGCGGCAGUUACGACCCGGCGCAAUCGACGACGGUGCAGAGGCUGGGCACGACGAACACGCUGAGGUAUGGAAUCGGGUCGGCCAACAUAUCAUAUGUCAAGGACACGGUCGGGAUCCCAGGGACGAACAUGUCUGUCAGGAGCGCACAGUUCGGCGUGGCGACGUCGAGCGAAACGCAAAACGCGGGCAUCUUGGGCAUCGGGCACGGCGUCGGCCAGGCGAUCGGGUACCGCAAUUUUAUAGACGAGCUGAAGGCGCAGAACGUCACCAAGACUCGCGCUUUUUCGGUGGCGCUCGGUGGCAAGGACGAGAAGCAGGGCACGGUGGUGUUUGGUGGAGUCGACACGUCAAAGUUCGCCGGCGGACUGGCCAGGCUGCCCAUUAUUCCGGCCGCUCAGAGCCCGGACGGCGUGCGUCGCUACUGGGUGAACAUGUCGUCAAUCUCGCUGCACCCGCCGUCCGGGCGCAACAAGACCUACCCGGGCACCAACAUGCCCGUGUUCCUCGACACGGGCUCCACGCUGACGCUGCUCCCCGAAGCACUGGUAAAGUCGGUCGCGUCCGACUUUGGCUCGAUGCAGCAGGACGCCGGCGGCUACUGGCCGGUCGACUGCUCGCUCGUCGGCAUCAACGGCACCAUGGACUUUGCCUUUGACGGCGUGACCAUCAAGGUUCCCUACAAGGAGCUGAUCCGCCAGUUCGGCAACAGCUGCGUGCUGGGCCUGAGCAGCCACAGCAGCUUCACCCUGCUCGGGGACACCUUUAUGCGCAGCGCGUACUUUGUAUUCGACCAGGACUCGGACUGCGUCUGGAUGACGCAGUACACAAACUGCGGCAGCACCCCGGCCGCCCUCGCGUCGGUCGCGUCGCUGAGGACCCUGCAGGGCGCCUGUCCGCUCAAGCAGGGCAGCGUGUCGGCCGUGACGGCCGGCACGGCCGGCGCCGCUGCGCCGUCGACGACCGCGUCGCCGAAGGCUCCUGGUGCGGGCGGUGGAAGCGGAAGCAAUGGUGGGGGAGGCGCAAAGGGUUCGCCGCCCCCCGGUGCGAGUGCGUCGGCGCCCGACAGCAAAUUGAAGAACGCUGGUGGUAGGGCCAUGCAGGUACCGGCUAUUUCAUCAGCGGUCGUCACCUUGGUUCUUACAACCCUUGCGGCAUUACAUCUUGCAUUGUAGAGAAACGUUUCAUUGGAAGCUGGCGUCUUCGACAAGAGGGGAAAUCAGACGACAGGCUUUCAGAGUACAUAUACACAGUCAUGGAUGAGAUACUCAUCCGAUUGGUACAUAAAAACAUCAAGCAUUUUGGGAUCUGUGCAUGAUUUCAUCAUUUCAUCUCUAUAUUUUUUAAUAAUGGGGCCGGUGUCUUGAGCUGUAUAUCGCUAGCGGUUUUAUCUUCUUCUCGUUGUAGUUCCCGAUAUAAUCAACAGUAACAUCCUG